CUGGCUCUGCUUGCAGCUUGCUGAGAAGGUGAAUGGGCACAGUGAUCCUUGGAAAGAAUGUCUUGUUCCACUGGGACAGCAUCUGGAAGAGGGGCCAUUUCUGAAGCUGGCUGGUGGGGAGAAGCAGUGCACACUGGAGUGUUUGCAGGUACCCCUGUGCUAAAAGGAAAGCUGCUCUGUAGCAUCAGGCUCUGCAGUCUGCGCCUGAAGAAACUCACGGUGCUGAAAGAGCUGGACAAAGAGCUGAGCUCUGUGCUUAUCGCUGUGAAGAUUCAGGGUUCAAAGCGAGUCCUGAGGUCAAAUGAAUACGUCCUCCCGCCUGGGGGCCUGAUGGAGACUGAGCUGGAGCUGACCUUCUCACUGCAGUACCCACACUUCCUCAAGAGAGAUGGCAACAAACUACAGAUCAUGCUGCAGCGGAGGAAGAGAUACAAGAACCGCACCAUCCUGGGCUACAAGACCCUGGCAGUAGGAAUCAUUAACAUGGCUGAGGUAAUGCAGCACCCGACAGAUGGUGGUCAACUCCUGGGCCUCCACAGCAACAUGAAAGAUGUGAAUAUUCGAGUGGCUGAAAUCAGCAUCUACUCUCUGUCCAGUCAGCCCAUCGACCAUGAGGAUGGGAACGUCCCCUCAGGUCCUAAAAUCAAAGCAUCAGAUCGCUCCCCAGACAUUGAUAACGACUCUGAAGAUGAUGAUGACAGCUUCUCCUCAGAGCAGGAAGCCAGUGAUGAUGCUGUGCAGGGUCAGGAUCUAUUUGAUGAAGAGGAUGAGUUGAGGAAAACCAAGAAGGCCAGGAGGAAAAUGAGCCGAACCACAUCAAUGGCCAGACAACCAAACUUCAAGCAGAAAUUUGUGGCUUUGCUGAAGAGGUUCAAAGUGACAGAAGAGGUCCUGGACUCUGACCCUGUAGACCAGACCCAGGAGGUGGAAGAAGACCUGGGCUUGCUCUAUGACAGCCUGGAAGAGUGCAACAACAGUGACAGCGGCCCAGAGAUGGAGGACAAUGAGAGUGUGCACAGCACACCCAAGCCCACCCUGAGGCGUUUCUUUGAGGGAGUCUCUCAUUCUGGUUCCCAGACUGAGAUCGGCAGUUUGCACAGCCAGAAAGGGCAGGAUCAAGAGUCGGGCAGCCCUGGCGAGGCAGACAAUCGGAAGCCAGGAGCACAGCGAACACAGGAAGAGCCAGGAACGGAGGUCCCUGCAGCGGAGCUGGCAGCAGAGGAGCCGUGUUCCCGGCUGGCCCCCACAGAAGCUGCCAUGAGGGAGAGCAGCAUGGACAGACUGGCCCAGCUGGGUGCUGGGACCAAAGCUGAGCUCCCCAGUGCCGUAUCCCCCAGCAAGGCAGAGAGCAAGCAGUUGUGGCGUCCCCGCAGCACCUCCGUGAAGGACCGGCAGAGCUCAAAGGGACAGGGUGGCCGUGCCAGCAGCCUGGACAGUGAGAGCUCUCCAGACUCAUGGCAUAGCACCCAGGUGCCUCGAAAGUCUGUUUACGAUCAGCUGAACCAGAUCCUGGUCUCAGAUGAGCAGCUCCCCGAGAGCAUUGUGCUGGUGAAUGUUGCUGAGUGGCAGGGGCAGUACGUCAGCGAGCAGCUCCAGGCGCACAAGCAGUUGGUUGUAUCCACCUGCUCCGUGGCAGACAUCCAGGCAGCCUUCAACACCACUGUCUCCCGCAUCCAGCGAUACUGUAACUGUAACUCCCAUAUGCCUCCCCCGGUGAAGGUGGUGGUGGCAGGGGACCAGAGCUACCUGAGUGUUGUCCUCCGUUUCUUUGUGGAGCAGCUGGCCAGCAAGACACCCGACUGGCUCAACUACCUUCGCUUCCUGCUUGUACCACUGGGCUCUCACCCUCUGGCCAAGUACCUAGCCUCAGUGGAUAACAAAUACAGCACUCUCUUCCUGGACUCAGCAUGGCGGGAACUGUUCAGCAGGGCUGAGCCACCCACCGCAGACACUGUGGACAUAGCAGGCCGUGUUGCCCAGUUCAUCGCUGGAGCCAGCCUCUCUCACCAGCUCCCCAUCUCCGAGGCCAUGCUGACCUACAAGCAGAAGAGCCCCGACGAGGACUCCUGCCAGAAGUUUGUCCCCUUUGUGGGGGUGGUAAAGGUGGGCCUGGUGGAGCAGUCUUUCAGUGCCUCCGUGGACUCGGAUGAUGCCACAGUCUGCACCCCCUCCCUGCUGAGCUCAGCACCAGCCUCCAGUGCAGCUGUUCCCUAUGGCAAGGAGACUGUGAGCACCCCACCACCCUCUCCAUCCGUCAGCAGUGGCCUCUCGGGUGCUGGGUCUCUGAGCCCUGGUGUGGAGGUGAUGGGCCUGCAGGUGGACUACUGGACAACACAAGGGCUGGACAGGAAAAAGGAGGGUGAGAAGCGGGAGACGGGUAUCAAGAACACACUCAAGAGCAACUUCCGCUCACUCCAGGUCAGCCGCAUCCCCAGCACGGGGGAGCUGGUGCCCCCCAGCACCAUGGCCAUGACCGUGGUCACCAAGGAGAAAAACAAGAAAGUGAUGUUCCUGAGCAAGAAACCAAAAGAAAAAGACUUGGAACCCAAAAGCCAAGUCAUUGAAGGGAUCACACGCCUCAUCUGCACAGCCAAGCACCAGAACACGAUGUUGCGAGUCUCCAUAGAUGGGGUGGAGUGGAACGAUGUGAAGUUUUUCCAGCUGGCAGCACAGUGGCCAACACACGUCAAGUAUCUCCCUGUGGGCAUCUUCGGCUACUCAAAGAACCAGUCCCUGCCUGCUCAGUGGGGGGGGAUACCACACCUGCAUCCUGUGGGCCAAGACCCGUGAAGGUGAGGCCAGUGAGACCGGGUCCAUGCACCCUCCAACACCAGCCAGGACACCAUGCCAUCUGCCUCCCGUGUCCCCCAACAGCAGCCUGGGACAAGGGUUGGCACUAGCCAGCAGAGCCCCAGGAAGGGCUCUGGGCCCCACUCUCCGCAGAUGCACCUGCCAGGCCAGCCCUGUAGCCAGCCAGGGUCCCAGCUGGGCUGGGCCCAGGCAGGUUCCCCAGUGCUGCAGCCAGCCAGAUUGCUCUGUGCAGGGGGCAGGUGCUGAGCAGGGCCCACCACCCCUCUACCACCCUUGCCAGCCCCACUGCCAGCCUUGCACUACUGUGCUGGCCCUGCCCUCCACAGCACAGCCUCAGCAGUUUUUUCAGUCCCCCUGCAGCCCUGCUGUUGAGGCUGUCCUCUUCAUCUCCCCAUCCCUUCCCAACCAGCCCUACCCCAUGGUGCUGCCAGCUGGAUGUGCGGGAUGAGGGCACCUGAGUUUUUUUUUUUACAAGAUUCUAUUUUUUUUAAAUUUAUUGUAUGGUUACUUUUUGGGAUUAAUUUUAAUAAAUUAAUGCUGUUACCAUUA